UAUACAGCAGAUCCAUUUCUCUUCACUUUCCCGAAAAAGAAGAAAAAAAAAGCAAAGAAAAUCCUGUUUCCCGAUAAAAACCCCGUCCGUACAUGGUCUGGUCACGCGGAUCGGGUUGAUUGAGAUGCACACCGCGAGCAGGAGCAACGGCGGCGGCGGCGGCGUGCUGGCGUCGCGGACGAGUUCGCGGUCGGUGACGGAGACGGUGAACGGGUCGCACAAGUUCGUGAUAAAGGGAUACUCGCUGGCGAAGGGGAUCGGAGUCGGAAAACACAUCGCGAGCGAGACGUUCACGGUAGGAGGGUACCAGUGGGCGAUAUACUUCUACCCUGACGGCAAGAACCCAGAGGACAACUCCGCCUACGUCUCCGUCUUCAUCGCGCUCGCCUCCGAGGGCACCGACGUCCGCGCCCUGUUUGAGCUCACGCUGCUCGACCAGAGCGGGAAUGGGAAGCACAAGGUGCAUAGCCACUUCGAUCGCUCGCUCGAGAGCGGCCCCUACACUCUCAAAUACCGCGGCAGCAUGUGGGGGUAUAAGAGAUUUUUCAAACGGGCUCAACUCGAGGCGUCAACUUUCCUCAAGGAUGACUGCUUGAAGAUAAACUGCACUGUUGGUGUUGUGGUGUCUUCCAUUGAUUGUUCCAAGUUAAACACAAUACAGGUUCCCGAAUCCGAUAUUGGGGCACAUUUCGGGAUGCUGUUAGAGAAUGAGGAGGGAUCAGAUGUUACUUUCUCUGUCGGUGGAGAAAGGUUUCAUGCACAUAAGCUUGUUUUGGCUGCUCGAUCAACUGCAUUUGAAACCGAGUUUUUUAAUGGGAUGGAGGAGGAUGAUCAUGAUGUAGUUGUUACUGACAUGGAACCAAAAGUUUUCAAGGCUUUGCUUCAUUUUAUUUAUAGAGACACUCUAAUAGAUGAUGAAGAGCUCUUUAUGUCACGUUCAUCAUUCUUGCCUUCGGUAUCUGAAUCAUUUGCUGCAAAGUUGUUAGCUGCUGCAGAAAAGUAUGGUUUGCCAAGACUUAAACUGAUGUGCGAGUCUGUACUUUGCAAAGACAUCUCCAUAGAUUCUGUUGCCUAUAUUCUGGCUCUUGCUGAUCGUUAUCGUGCUACAGAAUUGAAGUCUGUCUGUCUACAAUUUUCUGCUGAAAACCUUGUCGCUGUGAUGCAAUCUGAUGGUUUUGAGUAUCUUAAGGAAAAUUGUCCCUUGCUGCAAUCAGAACUGCUAAAGACUGUGGCAGGAUGCGAGGAGGAAUUUAGUGGAGAAGGAAAGUGUCGAAGUGUGUGGGCCCAAUUUUCUGAUGGUGGUGACACCAAUGAUAGGAGUGUAAGACAACAAACCUGGGAAAAUGGUGUUGAAAGAAGUCAAAGCUUAUGGGUUCACCUUUCUGAUGGUGUUAACAACAAUGAUAGGAGUCCAGGGCAAGAAACCUGACAAGGUAAGGUACACCAUCAUUUGUCUGUUAGGCUUAAAUGGUAGAUUAAAAGCUACUGCAGGGAUAAGAUUAACCAAUUGUGCGGACUGGCAAAAGGUUAGAAAUGCAAACAAUGUAAAGAACGAAGGCUGAGAUACUGCCUCCAUUGUAAUAAUAUUAUGUCUUAUAAAUACUGUUUUUUCUUUGAUAAUAUGAUUACAAGGAUGCAGUGGUAGCAAUAAGUAAUUACAUUGAUCAUUGUAUGAAAGUUUGUUGAGAACAUUUUCAUUAAGAACUGGUCUUGUUUACUUGGCGGUUGUAUUUCAUGAAGAAAUUUGUUUUCGAGCUAUAAAAAUAGCCGUAUUUUCUGGUCU